AUGUGGCAAUAUCUCCCUGCGACAGGUCAUGAAGCCAACAGUUCGACCGCUCUUGGCGAGACCCAGCUGGACUGUUCAACUGCUAUCGUCGACCCGCAUCGACCCAUGAUUCACUCGAGCAGUAAUACCAGUCUUUUGUUGCAAGCUCCUUCUGCUCAGCCACAGGCCUUCGCUCAGAUGACCAGCACCAUUGGUCCGCCCACAGGUCCCAGUCAUACUACCAGGGACAACACCGGUGGAUCCAGAUAUUCUCCUGAGGAGCGAAAAGCAAGAAACAAAGAAGCCAAUAAGCGAUUUCGAGAGCGGAGGAACCGUCAUAUUAAAGAGCUGGAGAGCGGGAUGGCAGUUCACGAGAAGUUGAUCACCCAAGCUCGAGCUUCAUCCCAACAGGCCACCUACGAGAGGAAUGUUGAACAAGGGAGAUAUCAUCAGCUUCAGGCUCUGUGCAGAGACAACUUUGGAUCUGAACAUGAGUUUACGGAUGAGGAGAGACAAUGGAUUGAGAGUGAAGCGAGAAGGGGCUACUAUCCUUCCUAG